GUAAAUAUUCGCUAGAUUUGUGAAAUUAACAACAACAACAAAAUCUCUGACUGCUCGACUCUGACGGCAUUGCGCAUUUCCACUUGCGCUUCGUCGGCGAACAGAACAGGGCCACAGCAGAAAAAGCAGCAGAACCAGCAGCAGCGAUAAAAACAGAAAUAGAAAUGUCUGCGAGGGGUACACGAAAAGUGCAGCGAAAUCUGUGGGCGUCGUUCCUGGCGCUCCUGGUGAUCCUGUACUGGGCAGAUCCCACGGGCGGCUACUUUGCAGCCCUCGAUGAGACGGAAACGAACAAAAACUGCUUCUGCGAGCUGGAGGGCUCCAUCAACGAUUGCAGCUGCGAUGUGGACACUGUGGAUCACUUCAACAACAUGAAGAUCUUUCCCCGCCUACAGUCGCUGCUCGUGAAGAACUUCUUCAGGUUCUACAAGGUGAACCUGAGGCAGGAAUGCCCCUUCUGGCCGGACGACAGUCGCUGUGCCAUGCGCUUCUGUCAGGUGGAGAACUGCGAGGAGCAGUCCAUACCCCAGGGCAUCAAGGAUAAGGGAGAACAUAAGGAGAGAGCUGCCGCUUUCAAGUAUACACGCGAGGCACAGUCGACGAGUGGGUGCUCGGAUGCCGAGGACUUUGACAGCGCCUUGGGUUUCCUGGACACGAGCAUCAGCGAUCAGGCGCAUCGGGAGUUCGAGCUGUGGGCGAAGCAUGACGAGGCUGAGGAGGAUUUCUGCAUAGUCGAUGAUCACGAGGAGGGCUCGCAGUAUGUCGAUCUGCUGCUCAAUCCGGAACGGUAUACCGGCUACCGGGGAGAGUCUGCGCAUCGCAUCUGGAAAAGCAUCUACCUGGAGAAUUGCUUUGGCGGCAACAACGAGACAGCGAACAAAUUCUCCAGCUAUGUCCAGCACCUGGAUCUGCGGAAUGUGUGCCUGGAGCAGCGCGCCUUCUACCGCAUCAUCUCGGGUCUGCACUCCAGCAUCAACAUUCACCUGUGCUCCAAGUAUCUGCUGUCCGAGUCGAAGGAUUUCCUGGAUCCGCAGGGCGUUUGGGGCCCCAAUGCACAGGAGUUUAAGCGCCGCUUCAGCCCAGAGACAACAGCCGGUGAGGGUCCACACUGGCUGCGCAAUCUGUACUUCAUUUAUCUGGUGGAGCUGCGAGCCCUGGCCAAGGCAGCGCCCUAUCUGCGUCGCGAAGAUUACUACACGGGCAUUGCGGAGGAGGAUGAGGAGGUGAAGCUGGCCAUCAAUGAUCUACUCAGCGUCAUAGAAUCCUUCCAGUCGCACUUCGAUGAGAAUGCUCUGUUCAGCAGCGGCAUCGCAUCGAUCAAGUUCAAGAGCGACUACAAGGAGAAGUUCCGCAACAUAUCCAGAAUUAUGAGCUGCGUGGGCUGCGACAAGUGCAAGCUGUGGGGCAAGCUGCAGACCCAGGGACUGGGCACGGCACUCAAGAUUCUCUACUCGGAGAAGCUCAAUCUGGCCACGGAGAGUGGUCUGUGGGACAAGCCGCACAUCGAGGCGGAUCCCAUAUUUAGGCUAUCGCGUCCGGAGAUUGUUGCUCUCUUCAAUGCCUUCGGCAGAUUAUCAAACAGUAUAUACGAGAUGGAAAACUUCCGACGUGUGCUGAGAUAACCCGGCAAUGAGGAGCCCUCGAGGCGGCAUGAAUCCCAUUCAGUUCCCCGGAGCAGUUCGGCCGAGAUGCUCGACUAUCUAGCUAAUCUAAACGCACAUAUUUGGGGCUGUAUCUUGUGGAUCUUGGUUACGGUUUCCCCUCCCCACACCCAAUAGCAGAGGCUAGCGCAGCAAUCCUUGUAAAUAAUAAUCAUGACCCCCAUUAGGCUACGUGUACUUUAAAGCCCUUUACCCCACCCAAUCGAACAGAUAGACGAAGGAGGAGAGAGACAGGUGUUUAGCAUAAGUUAGAAUAUUUUAUUUAUUGUAGCAGGAAGGGAGCUUAUCCAUAAGGAGACUCAAACAGGAGCGCAUUGUGCAAUAACUCGAACGCGAAACACACACACAAAAUAAAUGUGAGAAAGAUCGAUGUUCACCCCACAC